UCAGAAGGUCCAGCAACCUGACCAGACUGGAUUUGCCAGGGUGCAAGCUUCCUUGCAUGUCCACACGUCCUCAACAGGGAAGGGUCUACCCAGGGCCAUCCUGCCUCAAAGGAGAAGUGGUUUACUGCUUUCCCCACCUCUAGAGGGAAUGAGGGCCCCUGCUCCUGGUCCUUACUCUACUCCAUUGUCCAGUUGGCGUAUGCCCUGAGGCUUCCAUUAUACAGAUUGGAAGCUAAGGUGUAAAAGAACUAAGAAUUUGCAUAAGAUCCCCAACAGGUAAAGACAGGCCCCAAACCUAGGCUCUAGACUUCGUUUUUCUGACCCAGCUUCCUUUAACCUGUAGGGCUGGCCCAACGCCCCGGGCUUCACCCAACACUGGGCGCACGCGGUAAGUCCGAGAGGCUGGGUCGGGCGCCCAAGCGAGGGCCCAGGUGGGGCGAAACAGGCGCAGCCAAAGGGCUGGCACCUUCGCCCCCCGCCGUGGAUUCAAAGGGUCGGGCUCCACCCCCUCGAAGCCCCGAGCCCACUUUGAUGUGCUGAUGCGGCCUGGAAGGGGCCACUUCACACCUCGGGCUCGGCAUAAAACAGCCGCCGGUCGCCGGCCCCCAGACGCGCCGUCGCUGCCAUGGCCCGGCCCCUGUGCCCACCGCUCUCCGAGUCCUGGAUGCUCUCCGCGGCCUGGGGCCCAACUCGGCGGCCGCCGCCCUCCGACAGGGACUGCGGCCGCUCCCUCGUCUCGUCCCCAGACUCAUGCGGCAGCACCCCAGCCGACAGCCCCGUGCCGAGCGCCGCGCGUCCCGUCUCCCGCCUGGAUCCCCGCGCCCCCACCGUAGGGAAGCGCGGCGCGCGCAGCAGCCGCCUGGGCAGCGGGCAGAGGCAGAGCGCCAGCGAGCGGGAGAAACUGCGCAUGCGCACGCUGGCCCGCGCCCUGCACGAGCUGCGCCGCUUUCUACCGCCGUCCGUGGCGCCGGCCGGCCAGAGCCUAACCAAGAUCGAGACGCUGCGCCUGGCCAUCCGCUACAUCGGCCACCUGUCGGCCGUGCUGGGCCUCAGCGAGGAGAGUCUCCAGCGCCAGCGCCGGCGCCGGCAGCGCGGGGACGCGGGGUCCCCUCGGGGCUGCCCACUGUGCCCCGACGGCUGCCCCGCGCAGACGCAGACACGGACGCAGGCGGAGGGGCAGCGGCAGGGGCAGGGGCGCAGGCUGGGUCUGGUCUCCGCCGUCCGCGCCGGGGCGUCCUGGGGGUCCCUGCCUGCUUGCCCCGGAGCCCGAGCCGUGCCCGAGCCGCGCGACCUGCCUGCGCUCUUCGCCGAGGCAGCGUGCUCGGAAGGGCAGGUGAUGGAGCCGAGCCCACCGUCCCCGCUCCUUCCCGGCGACGUGCUGGCCCUGCUGGAGACCUGGAUGCCCCUCUCGCCUCUGGAGUGGCUGCCUGAGGAGCCCAAGUGACAGCGGACAACUGACGCCGUCUCUAUGAGCACCGAGGCUCUUUUGGCCUCAGCCCCUUCGAAGUGGUUCCUUAGCAGACUGCCUUUCCUGGAAGAGGGCACCGGCGAUCCCGGCAGGGGCAUUCCUGCGGGUGAGAGCCUUGCCCACCACAGCGGCCCUUCUCAGCACCCCCCCUCCAUGGAGGGACCCAUAGAGUUAGACACUUUGAAGCAAGCAGGAGGCUCUGCCUAAUGUGAAUUUAUUUAUUUGUGAAUAAACUGCUGGUGUCCGUUGGCAA